UAUUAUUAAAUUGAUUGCUAUUAUUAAAUUGAUUGCUAUUAUUAAAUUGAUUGCUAUUAUUAAAUUGACUGCUAUUAAAUUGAUUGCUAUUAUUAAAUUGAUUGCUAUUAUGAGUAACGAACCUAUUACUAACUUGAUUGCCAUUGUGAGUGACAAAACUAUUACUAGCUUGAUUGCUAUUGUGAACAAAACUAUUGCAGACUUGACUGUUAUUGUGGGUAACAAAACCAUUACCGACUUGUCCGCUAUUGUGGGUAACAAAACUCUUACUGGCUUGAUUGUUAUUGUGAGAAACAAAACUACUGAACUGACUGUUGGUGAUAAUAUUGUUACGCAUGUUGUUGGUGAUGUUGCGACCGAUAUUGUUGGCGAUGACAUUGGUGAUGACGCUGCUACGACCGCCAUUGUUGGCAAUGACAUUGUUACGACCGCUAUUGUUGGUAGUCACACUAUUACGGCCCAUAUUGUUAAUAACACUGUUACGGCCCAUAUUGUUGAUGACAUUAUUAUGGCCAAUAUUACUGGUGAUAGCACUGUUACGGCCGAUAUUACUGGUCAUGGCACUGUUACGGCCGAUAUUGUUGAUGACACUAUUAUGGCCAAUAUUACCGGUGAUAGCACUGCUACGGCCGAUAUUACUGGUCAUGGCACUGUUACGGCCGAUACUGCUGGGAAUGGCGCCGUUUCGACCGUUACUGUUGGUGAUUAUACCGUUACGACUGUUAUUGUUGGUAGUCACUACAUUGUUACGACCGAUACUGUUGGUAUGAACACUGUUACGACCG